AUGACGACGAGUGCAUCUUUCCACUUUUGGAUAGAGCUCAACUAACAGCGACAACUUCCUUGUCAGAAAGAGGACCGAAUAACGCUAGGCUAAAUGGUGGACCCUAGCAAGUAGCCUGGAGAGUAUCUCAAACGAAAUAUUUCGAAAAGCAUUUGCUUUUAUAAUCAGAGACAUAAUUUAAAAAUAUACCAACUGUGAUCUCAGACUGGCUAAAGAGUGCAUGGGAUGUGCAAACUGUAAUUAAGUGAUUCAAAUGGUUAUGCUUAGCGUCAAAAUCAUUAAUAUGUCGUCAACCAUUCGUUGGGCAUUUAAUUGGAAAAAGUGGAAUCCAAGCGAGCGGGAGUUCGAGCACGCGAUUUCUUGUAUACAAAGCGACGAGAAGGAAAGGCUAAAGAGAUUUGUAUUUCGUAAGGAUGUCCGAGCUUCCCUCGUGGGCAGAUUAUUAAUGAGAAAGUUCGUGAAUGAAUACGCGGGUCUUCCGUACGACAAGAUCACUUUCAUCAGAGACGAACACAACAGACCCAUAUUAAAAGAUAAUUCCACCCCUAUAAGCUUUAAUGUUUCUCAUCAAGGUUCUUAUACGGUAUUAGCGGGCGAAACUAGGAACGUGAAAAUAGGUGUAGAUGUUAUGACAUUAGAUUAUAACGGAAAUAAAAAUGUCCCUGAUUAUUUUCGUCUAAUGAAUAAACAUUUUUCUACGGCCGAGUGGGAAGAGAUCAAAGACUCAAGCAAAUCGGAAGCGGAACAAAUGUCUAUGUUUUAUAGACACUGGGCGUUAAAAGAGAGCUACGUUAAAGCGCUUGGCGUGGGGGUUUUCGUUGAUCUAGGAAGUAUAGAUUUUCGGACGAAUUCGGAAUUAAGCGAAGAUUUGAUCACAACCGAUACUAUCUUAUGUAUCAAUGGAAUCAAGCAAAAUUGGUUGUUUGAAGAGAUCUUACUCGAUUCACGACAUUGCGUUGCCGUGGCGUUACAAGAAAACGAUAAUGCAUUAGGAUUACAUAGUACUACGUUUGAAAUGCUGAAUUACGAUAAACUUAUGGCGCAUGCAGUUCAACUCUUUCCGAUAGAUCCGCAGUAUACAAUUCAAUAUUUUGAAAAAUAUGAACAACCAUAGUUUUAUUUUAUUAAAAUAUUCUAAUAAUUUUAAGAUAUAUUGCAAUACAUGGUGAAAUAAAAUAUUUCUUAAUAAGUUAGAAAAAAGAUCGAUUGUGCAUUGUAUAUCAGUUUAAUUACAAAAUAAUAAAACAUUAAGUAAUA